AUUUGAUGUUGACCACCAAUGACUGUUAGAUCUGGCGGCCAUGUUUGAUAAUCGCUUGUCGGUUCAGUUCUCGCCAUCUCUUGCUUAGUCCGACACUCUACUCGAAUUGUUAGAAGCUCUUAACGCCCUCUAAUAACACUUUCGAAUUAUUUAAACGUAAGUGAGUAUAUUGUUUAUUGUCACUGUUACGUGCUAGUGCUCCUUCUCGAUCUAUAAUUUAUCCUUAUUUAGCAUUAUUGUCAGCCCAGUGCAAUUCAAUGUGAUAUUUAUCUUAUUUGGCGAGCUCCCGCUCGAUCAAGAACGGCUUCAGAUUGAACAUCCAUAUUGAUGACAGCGCCGACGGUGCUAAUUUACAGAAAUCUUAUAACUUAUUGAAUGUUUAAAACAUGAGGGGAACUAAGGUUGACAAGUCUGAUUCUGGACAGAAUGAGUUUGCUACAGUGAAAAUUGAAAGCGGAGACAUACAUACUUAUCUAGAAACAUUUAAUAAAGAAAUUGAAAAUGGCGAACAGUCCAUUAUUGCUGUCGAUGAAGAUCAAAUGGAUACUGCAGAUGAUGGGGAAGGAACCUACUUUGUUGAUCAAUCGGGUCAUUAUUAUUACCAAGCAAAUGGUGAAUCUCAACCUGUCAUGACUGUAGUUCAAAGAAACUCGCAGGAGACUGAUGAAGUUGUGUCGAAUAUUCAAGAUGAAGAGGCCAUGUUGGAAAAUCCUGAAGCAUAUCAAGCUGUUACAAUUGUUCAGUCUGAUGCUAAUCCUGGAGAAGUAAGUUAUGUUUUAAUUAUGCAGGAACCUGAUGAUGAUGAUAAAGUGAAGGAUGCUGAUGCUGAAAUUGAAGAAAAUGUUGACGAAGAGAGUGCUGAUCACGAUCUGGCGGUCUAUGAUUUUGAUGAGAAUGAGGAAGAAGUUGAAGAAAAUACUUUAGACUCAGAUGCUGAAGAUGACAAGUCAAAAGUAACUAAAAUACUACCAAAGAAAGCACAAUCUGUUGUUGCUACUCACAUGUGCAAUUACUGUAAUUAUACAAGUCCUAAAAGAUAUUUAUUAUCUCGUCAUAUGAAAUCUCAUUCAGAAGAAAGACCUCACAAAUGCUCUGUUUGUGAACGGGGCUUCAAAACCGUUGCUUCAUUACAAAAUCAUGUUAACACACACACAGGCACUAAACCUCAUCGAUGCAAAUUCUGUGAAAGUGCAUUUACAACAUCAGGAGAGCUUGUACGACAUGUAAGAUAUAGACAUACUCAUGAAAAACCUCACAAAUGUAAUGAAUGUGAUUAUGCAAGUGUGGAAUUAUCAAAGCUCAAAAGACAUAUUCGUUGCCAUACUGGAGAGAGGCCUUAUCAGUGCCCUCAUUGUACAUACGCUUCACCUGAUACAUUCAAAUUAAAGAGACAUUUACGUAUUCACACAGGAGAGAAACCUUAUGAAUGUGACAUCUGCCCUAUGAAAUUCACACAAUCAAAUUCACUUAAGGCACACAAGCUUGUGCAUAAUGUUGAUGAUAAGCCUGUGUUCCAAUGUGAGCUGUGUCCAACAACAUGCGGGCGCAAAACAGAUCUUAGAAUUCAUGUACAAAAACUUCAUACAUCUGAUAAACCUCUAAAAUGUAAAAGAUGUGGAAAAUCUUUUCCAGAUAGAUAUAGUUAUAAGACCCAUGCAAAAACCCAUGAAGGUGAAAAGUGCUUCAAAUGUGAUUUGUGUGUUUAUGCUUCUGUCUCGCAAAGGCAUUUGCAGUCCCACAUGUUAAUUCAUACAGAUGAAAAGCCUUUUGUAUGUGAAAUUUGUGAUCAGUCCUUUAGACAAAAACAACUGCUAAAAAGACAUCAAAAUCUUUACCACAAUCCAAAUUAUGUUCCACCACCUCCCCAAGAAAAAACGCAUGCAUGUCCAGAGUGCGAUAGGAGUUUUCGACAUAAAGGCAAUUUGAUUAGACACAUGGCAAUGCAUGAUCCAGAUUCGAGUGUUCAAGAGAAGGCAUUACAAUUAAAAAUAGGACGACAGAAAAAGUUACAAAUGAUGGAAGAUCAAUCACAAAGCAUGGACAUGAUCACAGGCAUGUCAUAUGACAGUGAUGAUACAGAUGGUGGAAUGGUAGCUGUUGAAGGCUCUGAUGGUCAGCAGUAUGUAGUUCUUGAGGUGAUCGAAGUAGCUGAAGAUGGAGAAGAUGAUGGAAGCGCUUUAGGCAAUGAUAUUAAUGCUGAAAGUUUAUUAGAAGCUGCUGAUAUGGAUGGUUCCUUCCUAUUACCAGAACAUAUGGAUGAAGUAGAAAUUUUACAAUCACUUGAGAGCCGCAAGGUUGGAAGGAUACAGGUCUCAGGACAUGAUCCUAGCAAUGAUAUGGAUAAUUGCUUUGGAUUUGAUGAUGAUGAUAUGAAUCAAGAUGAAAUUGCAGAAAUAGAAGAUGAUAAAACAUCAAUAAAAAUUGAACUUGUACAGGAUGAAUAAAUAAAUUUUAUAUUUGCUUGUGU